GCCCGUGGGAAGAGUGUGCGCCUGGCAGGCGUGAUGGGCGAAAGGGCCGCCGCGGCCAUCGAAGCACCGUGGGGAAGAAGAGACGCCUGGCGCGCGGAGGGGCUGGUCUAGCCAAGCUUUACCGAGAAGCAUUUAGUCCCCGAGACUAAGAUGGCAGGAAGUAAGUUUCUCGAACCUAUGUUUGAGGGAAAAGGUACUACUACAAGAAAUCGAAUCGAAAUCAUAAAAGAGAGGUUUGAACAGCUUCCAGAAGCAGAUCGGAGUUUAUUUCAAAAUGGAUCUUUCAUCCUUGCAUUAAACGCGAGUCUGUGCGGUUUAAUAUCAAAUAGCUUGUUUAGGCGUCUCCUGAAUGUAACCCAGGCUCCUGUUGCAUCCGGUUUGCCCAUGCUGUUUAUACCCUUCUUCUCUACUCUGGUUACUUUUGAGGCUUCAGUUAAACAGCCUUUAAUAGAAGGUAAUCUGAAUUGUGCAACUUGUGCAAUGGUCAGAGGAGGUUUAAUUGGAGGCUUCAUAGGUGGUUUAUAUUCUGCUCUUACGGCAUUACCUCUGAAUGCAGCUCUUGCAUCAAGGUAUUCCACAUCUCCUAUGCCAAGUAAAGAAAACUUUUGGCAGUACUGGAAGACCAUUUGUAAACCAGUUCUCAAAAAGAUGAAAUUUGCUUUUCUUCUGCAAGUUGCAUUUGGCACAUAUUUGAGCUCACAACAUCAUAAAAUAUAUAUUAAGAUGCUCCAGUUGCCUGAGCCUGGAAGGGAUCCUGAAGAAAUUAAUGAAUAAAUUUUGAAAUUGCAGUCAUUUUUCUUAUAAAUCUAGCCUGUUUAUGAUACACUAGGUAAUAUUACUCUAGCUAUACAACUUGAAGGAAAUGAGGUGGCUUGAGUAAUUUGUUUCCAAUUUCUGAUGCAAGUAGGCUUGAUCAACACCCCACUACCCCCUCUGCGUAGUAGUUUGAACAAUAAACACAUUCCGAUUUUCAA